AAGCCCACGGCCCGUCCCGGUCCCCCCCCUUUCUGGCCGGGUGGUUGCGCCCGGGCGAGGCCGGACUGGCCGGGGGCGGGGGGGGCAGGUGCCAGCCGACGAUGGCGUUUCCCGGGCAGCCGGCACCCGGCGGCGGUUUCUAUCAGGGCGGGUAUGGAGGAGCUCCAGGAGGACCAGCAUUCCCUGGACAAGCCCAGGAUCCUUUGUAUGGUUAUUUUGCUGCAGUAGCAGGGCAGGAUGGACAAAUAGAUGCUGAUGAGCUACAGAGAUGUCUCACCCAGUCAGGGAUUGCAGGAGCGUAUAAACCUUUCAACGUAGAGACUUGCAGACUCAUGAUCUCAAUGCUGGAUAGGGAUAUGUCUGGCACACUGGGAUUUAAUGAAUUUAAGGAACUCUGGGCUGUGGUCAAUGGCUGGAAGCAACACUUCCUAAGUUUUGACAACGAUAGAAGUGGUACAGUGGAUCGUCAAGAGCUGGAGAAAGCCUUGAUGAAUAUGGGAUUUAGACUGAGCCCGCAGGCAGUGACUGCAAUCACAAAGCGAUACAGCACUCAAGGAAAGAUUACAUUUGAUGAUUACAUCGCCUGCUGUGUGAAACUCAGAGCUCUCACUGAAUGUUUUAGAAGAAGGGAUACAACUCAGCAGGGUUUUGUGAACUUCCAGUAUGAUGAUUUCAUACAGUGUGUUAUGAGCAUCUAAAUCAAAAGGAAGCAAGCCGUGGAUGAUCAUGAUUAACAUUCCAGUUUGUGUUUUGCUUUGCCAAAUCUUACAAUGAUUGUCUUUCUCAAUAUUGGAAAUUGCAUAUUUUAUGAAGGUAUCGCUUUACACACUUGCAUUUUUUUAGUUUUGACGAUGACUAUAAAGUACUCACAUACUGUCUACUUUAAUCUUCAACCUGUGACUAUUAAAGAUGUUUUUAUUUUCAUAAACUUGCAAUUCACUAUGUAUAACAAAUUAUGCAGAUAGUAAGUUUUUCUGGAGUGCAACUUCCCUUUUCCUGUCUUAAACAGUAUCACGUGUAAGAUGAUACAUACUCUUUUGUCUUUGAUAGCAUAAGACACAUGUACAAACUGAAAGAGCUUUUGGAAUGAUCAUUUUAGGCGGGUCUGUUAGAACGUCAGUAAGUUUAAGUUGCUUAUUGUGACAGCUAGCUCUUUUCAAGAUGAAGUCUGAGUGUAAGACCACCUGAUAGAGCUUCAGGGAUGCGACAAAACAUAGCAGAGAACUCCUCCAGCACUGUGCUCUUGUAUAGGGGGCUUUUGUUCCAAUAAGGUUCUUGCUCCGUUUGUGUCACUAUAUAAAACACUUUUAAACAUACAAAAACUCCGCUGUGUCAGUGUAUACAUUAACUUUCCCUUUAACAAUGUACUUUUAAGCUGUCAGACUUCGGUUACGUGUAAAUUAAUGUUUAUAUCUAUCUCUUGCACUUUAAAGCCUAAAAAGUAGCCUUUCCUGCCUCUAUAUGUGAACUAACAUACAAGGGCCAAACCCCGCUUUGAAAAAUUACUGUUAUUUCAGAUCAUGGCAGUAAUUGCCAAUGCUGCAGAAUUUACAUGAAAGCAGAUACCGAAAGGCAAGACUUCUCUGCCUGAGAUUUUUCAGGGGAAAAAAAGGUGGUGGUUUUUUUAUUUGGUGGGGUUUUUGGUUGAUUUUUUUUUUUUUGAGGGGAAGAUUGACAUUGUGUGGGAAGACAGAGCAGCAUAAUUGUAUGGAGGUAGUUCAAACUUUUUUCCAGUUAAAUAAGUUAAUGAAAUUUUUGUUAAUUUUGUCACUUCUACCUACCGCAGAGGAGUGGUAGCUGUUCUUUUGCUAACCUUGUAAAUGCAGAGAAUGCUGGAAGAAUGUUAAAAGGAAUAUAUUUCUUAUAUUAGUGGUUUAGAGCACUUUUGGGGAGGAGCCUUUGCACUAAGGAAUGAAAGCAAAACUAUACCUGCAUGUGUGUAUAUAGAUACAUAUGUGUGUAUGUCACUGGACAAACUCACAAAAUCUUUGGAGCAGAAAUCUUAAUUGAAGAUACUAUUUUAUACCCUGUCUUGCCAAGAAUACUGUAAAAUCUAGGUCUCUAGUUUCUGGGCUGUAAAUUCAAAGCUGGCUGGUCUCACUUCAAGAAACAACUAGUACUUACCACUUACUUAAAUUCAUAAUCCUUUGUAUAUCACUUCUAGUUGCAUUUCAGAAGCUAGUUCUCUUUCUGCCCUCAAAAAUGAAUUUUAAAGGCAUAAACAUGAUUGUGCUUCCACAUUCUGGUAAUUGUAUGCUGUCCUGUUGCACAUAAAGUUGGGAAACAGACAUGGACAGUUACAGCAAGUAUUUCUAACAAAACGACCAAAGUCCAUAAAGGUUUGUCUGACUGAAGCAGCCAACAUCAGUCCUGUUGUAGUUUGACAUUUUGACAGCUGAUGAAAUUAGUAAGAAGCAAAGGCUGUUCUUCCUGUAGGGUUUUGAUUAGACCAUUUUGCAUAAAUCCAACGUUCAUCCUUACACUGUUAAUUUUACCCUAAAAAGGAUGAGACGUCUUUACCAAAACGCUCAUUAUCUGCACAUUUCUCUCAUACUUUUGCUUAAUUGUGUUUCUGGUCUUGUGCUGGGUUUGGCUGGGCUGGAGUUAAUUAUCUCUGUAGCAGCCCAUAGGGUGCUGUGCUUUAGAUUUGUGACUAAAACAGCGUUGGUGACACAGCAGUGGUUUAGCUGCUGCUGAGCAGUGCUUGCGCAGUAUCACAGUCGUCUGCGUUUCUCACUCUGUGACCCCAGUGAGUAGGCUGAGGGUGGGCAAGAGGCUGGGAGGGAACGCGGUGGGGACGCAGCUGGCCCGAAUGGACCAAAGGGCUAUUCCGUGCCGCAUAACGUUGUGUUCAUCACUAAACCCGGGGCAGGGGUGGGAAAGUCUCUCCAAAGUAUCUGUUGCUUUGGGACCAGUUGGGCAUUGGUCUGCUGUGGGAGGUGGUGAGUGAUUGCCUUUGCAUGGCUUUCUCCCACCUCUUUUUUUUUUUUUUCCUUCCUUUAUUAAGCUAUUUUACCUCGAUCUGCAAUUAUUUUUUUGCUUUUGCUCUUCCAAUUCUCCACCCACCACAGGCCUGAAACUACUAAUGAAAGAAAACAUCAGGCAAUAAUGAAUAUAACAUUCUUGUAGAGAAGUGUAACUUACUAAAUGAUCUGAGACCCCCCUGGAUGUUCCACGCUCCUAUGCAGGUAUGAAGUUAUCCAAUAGAUCAUGGGAAUUAUUGAUGAAAUAAUAUGUGGGAGUAAAAUCGUGCCUACAAAUAAAAGCUUGACUUGAAAAAUAUGUUCAGCUUAUUUUGCAUACUUUUUUUGUAUUUUUUUUUUUUAAUGAGAGGCAAAACAGGUGUCUGGAGCAAUGAAAGAGGAGCAAUAACAAACAUGCUAAGUCUUUCUCAAUUUAUUUCACCAGGCUGAAUUACUGUUUUGUCACCAACCAGCUGCUGGGCAGUGAAAUGGUGCAAGAACAACAGUGUGAACUAACAUUGUUUUUUUCAGGGAUCUUCUUGUAAUCACAAAACAGAAAACUGAAAAACAAAUGGCUCCAAAACCAGGAACAAGUUCUAGCUUAGCCAAGAAACAACGGCGUUUUGUUCUCCGUGAGCAUUUCAAAAAUCCAUGGUAUUCACAGGGACUGAUAGCAUAAAUCAUCUUUCAUGUUUAGAUAUAAACUAAGAUAAAAAUACGGUUACUAAGGAGUGACUACAGAACUUUUAGCUAAAAAAAAAAAAAAGGCACCUGAAACCUAUGUGAAAAUUGCUUCUCCAUUAAGAGUAGAUUCCGUGGGCAAUUUGAAUAUGCAAGUUACCUGCUUUAGAGCUACAGCUCAGAAUUAAGGGUUUCCCUUUCCCAGAAGGCACAAUGGGAAGGACGGUUAUAUGACACUGAGUGGGGUGAUUGGUCUCAACCUUUGUGCGAACAAUUGGGCAUAGUUUAGAACUAUUUUUUUCUAGGUUGCCCUCACAUGCAAACCUAAGGAACGGUAAUUUUAGAUUUGUCUUGAGAACAGUAGAACCCUAAGACAAAGACUGGGAAGGUCACAGGAUCAUUUUCAACCCUGGAAUUGGAAAAAAUAACAUCUGUAUAGCCUUUUUUUUCUAUGCAUACAACAUCUUUUUUUACCGACACUAUAAAGUAGGAAGGGCUAAACGUAAGGACUUAGGAGAACAAAAUCCACGCAGCAGUCUUUGUCAUUGAAAGUCACUUUACUGAUGUUACAAUAUGUCGGUAACAUUGAAAACCACAGGCAUUUGUAUUAAAUACUCUCAUCGAAGUGGAUACUGUGAUGCUGUUAUUAAAAGUGAGGAGGAAUUUAGAACCCCAAAUUACAAUGAUUUGGUUUUAUAAAAAGCAACAUUUUGUUUAGCUACAUGAAAGCCAGAUUCAUUCACUUCAACAGCCCAAUGCCUGUAAUGUUUAUGACAAAAAUAUCACACUCAAAGCGAGGAAGUUGUAAAUUGCAAUGCUUCAUUUUGGUGUUUGUCAAAAUCUUAUGUUUCUAUUACGUCAGGUAUGUUCUUUAAAGGAUUUUAACAAGCAAGGACAACAUUAUGGUAUAGAUUGGUUGGUUUCGCUAAUACUAGCCCAGCCCCAGUGGUGAAACACAACUCUCCUUGCCUCUCUAAAUGUUUUACCAAUAAGGGCUAGUAUGAGUGGAAAAAAUAGAUAGCUGCUUUUUUACAGCAAUGCCAAAGAUAAACAUUAGCACAAAAUGAAGCUGGCAGAGCCAAUUGGUGUAUACACCACCCCAAAAGCUUUGCUGAAAGAGCUGGUCAUACUGUAAAUAGUGUUUUCUCAGGCGGAUUAAAAAUUCUGUAAUGCUUUGCUAUUCUGAAAAAAAUAUUUUGCAUUUAUGCAACAAUAAAAAUAAGUACUGUAUUCUAUAUAAAACACUACCUAUUGUAAUAUAUUUUUACCCUUAAGAAAAGAAAAAUCAGGUUAUAUAUUCACAGUUUGAAUAUGUUCUGGACUGUAUUUCCAAGCAGAAAAUAUGCAGAGUCUUUAUACAGGCAGUGAGCAGGAGUCCUUGUACCAAUAAUCAAAAUAAAUCAGCAUUUACUGUUAUACGGAGCCGUACGAUAUUGCAUGAUUAGCUGCUAGCACCACUAUACUUACAAGGUCAGUCAGGCCUAUAUACAGAACGUCUAACGUGGUUGUAAAAAUAGACUCUCCAUGCUAAAGUUAGAAUAUAUAAGGUCUUAAGGCCUCAUGUUAAGAUACCUUUUUCUUAACCAAAACUUUAUUUUUUUUAUUCAGAGGAAUACAGAAACAGAAAAAAAAAUAGCUUGUUGCUUUGACAUUUUAUGCUUUAGUAAUUAAAAACAGUGUAAGACACCUAUACUUCCCCCUUAGAGAAUGUGUUUAACUGCUCUGUGCUUACUUUCCCAUUUCCUCAUCUCAUUCUGAGUUCUACUGCAGUUACGGUCUGUCUACCUAGCAGAAGCUCUUCACCAGUUUAAAGCUGGCUUAGCUAAAGGGAUUUUGAAACUGGUGUAGACUGGAUUUUAGAGAACUAAACCCACCAGCCCUGACCAGGUGAGCCAAUUUUGAAGUCAGGUAGAAAGUUUCUCAAGUGUGAGCAAAUAACCACAUUUCUGUGUUCUGAACUUAUUUUUACUCCUUGUUUUGGUUACUGGGCUGAGAUAACAUAGUGAUGGUGACUGCUGUAGUGCUUUUCUAAAUAGUUGCAGAAAACUUGUGGAACGACGAGAUACCACGUGCUGGGUGUAUGAGCUACUGUUUCCAAAGCUUCAGUUUACAUCAGCAUCCAUCCUUGAGGCACCACAAAUGUUUUUUGUAAGCUGACUUGGAAGAUACUCAGGACAAAGGAGUUUUUUAGUGUAGAUGAUAGGCAUUACUUAAUUUCCUGUGGAAAUCCCACUUGAAGAGUCCCAUCUGUAUUGCAGCUAUGUCUACUCACUCCAUUUCACUGUUUCCUUUUUUCCUGCUCUAUUAGGAUAAUAGUUCUGUGCACACAGGAACGUUACCCCACCAUGCAGUCGUGGGAUAACAAGCUGUACGUAUGUGUGCCGUUUACUUGUAUUUGUCUUCGGGAAAUCUCAUCACAGUCAAAUCCCAUAUUGCUGAUGUCUUACAUGGUUUGGAAGCCGCACAAAUUGUCUGAUGGGUAAUCCAUUCUGGACAAAAAACUGGCUUCAGAGGAGACCAGAAUGCUCAAGCUCUUUAAAAAUGAGGUAAAUAAUCUCACACUGUGGUUGAUAACAGUGUCCCAAACAGUCUGCUAAUGACACAGAUAAAUAACUCAGAGAAAGAAAUGGAUGAAAUAGGACACAGCACAACUUUUAGGUUCACCGACUUAAGCCUUCGCAAUGCCAGAGGGUGAAAGAGACGCAGGAUGGCUGAGACACCAAAUGGUUUUACCAGUGCAAACUGCACGUAAGACAUGAAGCCCCAUCACCAACCUACCUCUUGUAGCGAGAGCACAAGAUGUAUUAACAGCCCCAGAAAGAUCUUAUCCAGGCCAUCGUGUGGAAAGGUGACUAGUUUGAUCUUAGCCAACUAACUCAAGAGGCUGUUAGUGGGUGUAAUUAUCAUUCAUGGAAAUGCUUUUCAGUGGGAGCAGAACGGGGAUGGAAGAGAACAGGAGCUUGCUGAGUUUUACACUGGAGCGUGAUAAGUUUGCUUACAACAGCUGGGUGUGGGACUCAAUGAAGGAGCAAGUCCUAAGAGCCUAACUUCUUACCCUGUGGGAUUAUGGAGUCUCAUCAUUCUUUCACGUUGCAUCCUGUCCUACUCACUAGUGAACUCAUUAACAAAACAACUGCAAAUUCGGUCAGAAUUUGUAGUAUAUGCAUGCCUGUAAUAGUGUAUGUACCUACUCUUAGCUCUGGUUUUGAAAACGGUUGUCACAUUGGUGUUGACAAGACCACUCACUUCAUUUAAAACCAGCAACAGGGAUUCAGGUAAGAGGACUUCAGUACAUGAGCUACUGACACAGGUUCUUUCUGAUUUUAAUGCAGGCUAUAGCUCAAUUUGUUUAUUAGCACAAUCUAAUGAGUACACCAGCCUAGCACGUUCAACAUCUCAUAAAUCAGGAACUCUUACAUCAUUUGGAAGUAGCUAUCUUCAAAGUCAAGUCACACUUCAGAUAACUGGCAAGUAGUGACUUAAGUUCACAACUUAAGCAAAGAUAGGCUGUAUAAAAUUAUCAACCUCCUUAAAACUACUUACUCAAAUAUAACAAAACUGUAUGUAAAUUAUCAAUCAUCACAGCCAUUUCUGGUAUAUUGCCUGAGUGUGUUCACCAAAAGUCUACAGUAUGGAUUACUGACGUUCUUACGUUAACAAAUCCAGAAUUAGCAGGUACAUUUUUACUUGUCAAACUGCAGCACCAUUGUGCAGCAUUGUUAUUUGGAUAUGAUCUCUGUUUUCCAGUCUCCAUCAGUUAGUCAUAUUAUUUUAAAUUAUACAAGAUUCUUCUCCCAUGUUGAAAUAAAUACGUAACACCAACUUAAGUGUAGCUCAUCCUGCAGGUCCAUAUGGACAAGUACUUCUAUUUGAGAAGAACUGAUAAACGUCCCCACUUCAACAGGCAUCUACAGCAUAGCUGGCAAUAACUAAUUCAUUUAUUAAAAUAAAAUAAAAAUAAAACAAAAGCAUGAGUUUCAAUGAGUGAAAAUGACUGAGCUAUCUUACUGAUGAUACAAGUACUCUGUUUUAGACUGGAUGAGGUAUUAUGCGGCAAUUUAUAUUGCUAUUGCCAGUGUAACUAACUACAGUGGAUAAAAAUAUUUGCAAUCUUCAAGGUUAUUAAUCCGGCAGCUUUCCAACACGCUACAUUUUAGAAGUAGGAAACCACAGAAUGCAAGCAUUCUC